UUUUGAAAGAAGCAAAAGGGAACAUAACCAUUUACAUGAGGGAAGGCAAUAAUGAUCAACGAAUUGUACCAUUUUUCCGGGAAGCUUCUAUUUUUAGCAAUUUUCAUCCAGUAACGUUUAAUGUUGCUUCUCGUGAAUUUUGUUGUAAUGAACAAUUCUUUCAUUAUUGCAAGGCAAUCUCUUUCGGUGAUCGAGCAAUUGCAGAGAAAAUAAUGCAGACAAAAUCCCCAAAAUCUCAAAAACUUCUGGGAAGACGAGUAGAAGGAUUCGAUCCUUCUCAAUGGGAGCCAAUUUCUAUAUUAGUAGGUUGA